AUGAGGCAGGGCAUUCUUUCCACGCUCGCGCUAGCGUCCAUCGCCGCGACGGAGUAUGUUUGGCCUUCUCAGUACGAUGAGCUCGAGGAUCAUCUCUCUCUCCAGUCCGGAUACCUUCGAAGAGGCUUCAUCGAUGGCCGCCAGAACUCUGCUGAAUGGAUCCGCGCCGCUUUCCACGACAUGGCUACGCACGAUGCUGCCGCUGGCACUGGUGGCUUGGACGCGUCCAUCUUCUUCGAGUUGGACCGCCCGGAGAACAUCGGAGGCGCCUUCAACAACACCUUCGGAUUUUUCAGCAGCUUCCACUCCAUCCGCGCCUCUGCCUCUGAUUUGUUGGCCAUGAGUGUCCUCGUCGCCAGCUUUGCCUGCGGCGGGAUCCAAAUCCCGUUCCGAGCCGGCCGUAUUGACGCUCAAGAGGCCGGCCCUGCCGGUGUCCCGGAGCCUCAGACCGAUCUCAACACUACCCAGCAGGCUUUCACCAAGGCAGGCUUCUCUCAGAGCGACAUGAUUGCCAUGGUUGCAUGCGGUCAUACUCUUGGAGGUGUACACAGCAUGGACUUCCCCGAGAUCGUCGGCGUCGCGGCGGACCCCAAUAACGACACCGUAGCGCACUUCGAUACCGAAUUUGCAAAGUUCGACAACGUCGUCGUGACUGAAUAUCUGGAUGGCACAACCAAGAACCCUCUGGUUGUUGGCACAAACGAUACCCUCAACUCAGACAAGCGUAUCUUCGCUGCAGAUGGAAACAAGACGAUGCAAGCCAUGGCCGACCCUGACGCUUUCCAGGCUACCUGCGCCGAUAUCUUCAGUCGUAUGAUUGAUACUGUCCCCGCCAACGUUAAGCUCAGCGACCCCAUCGUAGCCACAGACAUUAAGCCUUACAUCAGCGGGCUCUUCCUCAAGGACGACGGCAACCUGUCCUUCGGCGGCCGCAUUCGCAUCCGCACCACCGCGGUCACUGGCCGGGAUCCUAAUGAUCUCUCGGUUCAGCUGACGUACGCUGACCGCAACGGCAACGGAUCAACCGUCAUUACUACCCGUAAGGCGACCUUCCAAGGUGGUAGCGCCUCUGGCUUAUGGAGGGAGAGCUUCUACUGGUGGGAGUUCGACACCGUAAUCAGCCCUGACACGGGCAUCAGCAAGUUCUACAUCCACGUUACGAAGCCGUCAACCAACGAGACCAUCACGUACGAUAACGCUGGCAACGGAUAUCCCAUGAGCGAUGUCCUCCUGUACCAGCAGUCUAAGUCCUGCAUUGGAAAUGUCGCGGAUGGAAAGCUGCCGGUCACAGUCAAGGCUCUUGUUCGCAAGGACCGUGUGCCCGCCACUGCUGAUGGCCUGACUAUGGAUCUGGUUCACGAGGUCCGCAGGCAGGGGGUGAUUGUUCCUAGGCUUGACGUCGAAAAGAUCAACUUCCAAGCCACUGAAGAAGAUCAAGGCCAGUGGUCGGUCUACACAGCCAGUGGAAGCGUCGAUGCUGAUGGAUGGAAUACCAGCUUUGAUAUCAAGUUGGGUGGCGAGGACCCCACCGAAGUUGCGUUUCAAAAGACCGGAGCUCUAAGUUCCUGCAGCUAG